UACAGCAGCCUCAGGCUCCGCCCCUCCAGGCUCCGCCCCUCCAGGCUCCGCCCCUCCAGGCUCCGCCCCCUUGCUGCAGUCUCCGGGUGUCUCCAGUUCUCCUGCUCUGUUUCGGAUCAGCUGCUGUGGAUCGUUAUCCGGACCGGACCUGGUUCUGCUGGUUCUGCUUGGGUCAGAGCUCUAGAGGAACAUGAGGAGGAGAGGAGCAGAACUCCGGACUCGGGCCUGAGGAGCCGAACCGACUCAGAACUGCUGAGCAGCGGCUCCAGCCAAUCAGAAGCUGGCGGCUCCACUGCAGUCACGCAGGAGUCGGUUGCCACGACGACACGGUGAACUCGGAGCGGCAGCAGCUAAAAAUAGCUUCCGGCUGCUGAAAGCUGAUCUGAUGGAGACGGACGGAUCCUGGACCCGCUCCAUCCUCAGAACCAGGCUCUAGUCAAGGUUCUGCUGAUUAUCGCCUGAUUUCUCCUCAGAGGUGAGAAGUUGUUACCAUGGAAACCCUCAGGUUCCUUUCCGCCUUCUGAAAGAAACCUGGCAGCGGCCUUGAGGACAGGAAGUGGACAAAAGGUUCUGAUGGACCUCCAACUGCAGAUAAGACGACAGGUGUCUAAAGUGUCCAAUCACAACUCGGCUUCCAUCAGAACCGCCGGAACCCGGCCGCUGUCAGCCUGUCGGACCCAGUUCAGGUCUCACUCCGCUCUUUCUCCGCUCCUCUUCAGGAUGUCAGGAAACGCGUCAUCUCUGACUCCGCCCACCGGUGCGUCACCCCCACCCCCCCUCACCGACUGGGAGCCUCCCAGUUUCACCCGAGCUGCUCGGUUCCGGGUCGGCGCCACCUCGGUGCUGUUCCUGUUCGCCGCCUGCAGCAACCUGGCGCUGCUGGUCAGCAUCUGGUGUGGGCGUGGCCGCCGGCUGUCGUCUCACCUGAGGCCGCUGAUGCUGAGCCUGGCGGCGGCGGACCUGAUGAUGACGUUUGUGGUGAUGCCUCUGGAUGCGGCAUGGAACGUCACAGUGCAGUGGUUUGGUGGCGAGGCGCUCUGCAAGCUCCUCUGCUUCCUGAAGCUGUUCGCCAUGCAGGCCGCCGCCUUCAUCCUGGUGGUCAUCACCCUGGACCGCCAUUACGCCAUCCUGCACCCGCUGGACGCCCUGAGCGCGCACCGCAGGAACCGCUGCCUGCUGCUGCUGGCCUGGAGUCUGAGCCUGCUGCUGGCCUCCCCACAGGUAUCAUUCUGGUAGGACUCUGGUGUGUGUGUGUGUGUGUGUGUGUGUGUGUGUGUGUGUGGGGGUGUGUGUGUGUCAGGUUUCCUCUGCUGCAGUGUGUGUUGCACUGUAGCGACUGAAGGUCAAGACACGGGUCAGGGAUGCGUUGCCAUGACAAUGUUCCCUCUAAGCUGCAUGUUUGCACAAUCACACACUGCGCAUUCAGCGCAGAGAAAAUCUAUGCGGCGCAUAAAUAAAGUCCAACAUUAGUUUUGCACUGUGACGUUAAGAGACGGAAACACGUCAGAGCAGAGCAGGGGGAACGUGGGCGGGUCCUGCGAGAGGAGAGCGGCUGGAUGGGCCCAUCAGCCGCGACUGAUUAGUUUCUCAAGAAUCUAAAACUUAAUCAGUUAAUAAUGAGCUUUUUCCCCAGUUCAUAUUGUUUCUGAACCGGAGCAGCGGGCCGAGAGCAGCUCGUCCUCUGAUUGGCCGAGAGCAGCUCGUCCUCUGAUUGGCUUAAAACGGGCAGAACUUUAUUAAAGAACAAAAACAUAA